UUCAAUGCAUGCACGGUGCAGUUUGGCUGGGCAUGUUGUCUUUGAUUUUACUCCUUUUUUUACCGUUCAUGAAGGCGUUCACUUGAUAAGCCUUAUUGAAGCAUCUUUCCACGCGUUGUUGCAUUUUCGCUUCUGACUCUCAAAAACGGUGCCAUGACAACAAUCUGCGGUUGCCUAGCGAGAAGAUCAAGAGGAAUGAAUGUUCCCUAAGUUCCACUUCUCCCCUGAUCUCAACGGUUAUGGACGUCCUCAAAAAGUUUUUCACCACUCCCAAUGGCGAAGAAGAUAACGACGAAGACGAGGAGAACGACUUAAAAUCCAUCUUGGUUUCCAAUCCCAUCAACUUGUCACCCUACGCCCUACUCUCAGCUGAGAAGAUACCCAAAGAAGCUGACCAAGACGAAAUCCGGCGACGAAAGAAAUUGGCUCUGCAGGGAAUGCUCAAUGAUUCAGGUCUCCACGAGGACAUGUGUUCAGAUGAGCCAUUAAGUUGGUUGAGUUGCGUUUUGGCCCUUCUGCUCUGUCUCCCGUUCUUCGCACUCAUCGGCGUAUUUAUCUCCUACUUCGGUAUACCUGAUAUAUUCUAAACUUUCAACUAAACCCGUGAUUGGUUAUACUUACAAUUUGAUUUGGC